AUGGCACGUUCCUUUGUUGCUCUCGUGGCUUUUGCUGCCAUUGCCACUGCUGCUCCCAGUCCCAUCACCCCUGAUCCAAACGGCGCGAACAAAGUCGGUAACGGUCAGGGUCUACAGUUCAUCACCGGCGGCUGCCUGAGCACCGCCGACUGUAGCCAAGCUGUCGUCCAGUCCUGCUGUGCCUUUAUUGCCGGCGGGUCUUCCACUGGUAUCUGCUCCGGCAUCGAUGUCGGUAAUGUCAAUGGCAAGGCCGGCUGCGGUUUUGGUGAUGGCGACAGCUCGACCGACUCUUCUGCGCCUGCCGCUGCCUCACCCCCGGCCGCCGCCGCUACUUCCUCCACUACCAACAGCUCCGGCUCUUCUGCUCAGUGCGCCGUCGACACUAGUCUCGCCGGAAGCCAGAAUGUCGGCACUGGCUCUGGCACGCAGUUUAUUACUGGUCAGUGCCUCAGCGCCGCUGACUGUGCGUCCGGCUGCUGUGUUGCCCAGGCCAGCGGCCCUGCCCUCUGCAAGGCCCAACUUGUCACUGAGCAGGCCGGUUUGACUUGCGACUUCUCCUGCUCCGGUUCGACCAGCUCAGCCACCUCUUCGUCAUCCGAUGCAGCUGUCUCGCAGCCUGCCACCAAUGUUGCGGCUACGGCCUCUGGUGGCUCAUCAACGGGCUCCUGCCCCGCCAUAGAUACCACUCUGGCCGGCAGCCAGAACGUCGGAACAGGCUCCGGCACCCAAUUUAUCACGGGUCAGUGCUUCACGGCGGCCGACUGCGCGUCGGGCUGCUGUGUGCUGCAGUCGGACGGUAUCUCUCUGUGCAAGGCUGAGCUGGUGACGACCCAGGCAGGUCUGACCUGUGACUCUAGCUGCACUGGUGGUGCUGCGUCUUCCGCUUCGUCCUCGUCCUCAUCUGCUUCGACUUCUCCCAGCAGCAACAAUGGCUCGUCGACUGGUUCGGCUGUGACAGGUGCGGCCGGAUCGGCGCAGUGCACCGUCAAUACCAGCCUGGCGGGCAGCCAAAAUGUCGGAAAGGGCUCCGGCCAGCAGUUCAUCACUGGCCAGUGCUUCAGUUCGGCUGAUUGUGCAUCGGGCUGCUGCGUGCAGCAGGCUAGCGGAACGGCGCUGUGCAAGGCCCAGCUGGUGACGACCCAGGCCGGCCUCAGCUGCGACUUUACUUGCGCUGCUUAA